UGCAUGUGCAUCAGUCAGAAGAGCCCGCAUCAGUCAAAAAGCUCCACCAUAGUUUCGAUUCCGUUUCUGCGACGUCGUCGUGUGUGUCACCAAGUUUGACCCACACUCUUUCGUGCUUGUUAGGUGUGAGCCAGGCUCCAGCUCUGUGAACGUUUUUGAGGAGAGAGUGAUGGUAUUGAUUUUCCGACAAAUGGUGAAGAGGAGUGCGUUGGUGUAGUGCGGGGAGCCAUGGAGGAGAGCGGGUUCACCAUCGAUUUGGUUUCGGAAGCUCAUCUCGUGAAAGCUGGGCUCUCUCGCGAGGAUGCUGGCGUUUUCUUUGCUCAGUUGCAAGCGAUCGUCACUCAAGAACGCCGCUCCCAGUCCAAUAUAUGGCAGCGAAUUUCCAAGGAGCUGCUGAGGCCAUGGCACCCAUUUCCUCUUCAUCAGCUCUUGUACUACUCCAGCUAUGGAGAUUGGGACGUUUCCACGCGUGGACCUCCCCUCGGAUGGAUCCCAACGCCGGAAAUUGCUCGACAGUCAAAUCUGGGACGAAUUCUAGAAAGGAAGGGUCGCGAGGUGUUGGGGGAGAAGUACCGCAGCCCCACAGAAAGCUUACCAGAGCUCCAACGCUGGUCCUUUGAACAUCCCGAGCUAUACCUUCCCCUAGUAUGGGAGCAUCAGAGCUUAAUAUUUCACCAACAUCCACGAUGUUUUCUGGACACAAGUGACGAGGCUAACCAAGGAGGCGUAUGGCUUCCCGGUGCCCAUUUGAAUGUGGCUGAGUGCUGUUUGGCUGCGAAAGGCUCCAAAACUGACUCUAGCAUUGCUAUAAUGUAUCGCAAUGAGGGUGAGGACGACUUACCCGUGAGGGAGAUCACUCUCUCGCAGCUACGGGCCGACGUCAGCCGCGUAGCCAACUCUCUUGAAGCGCUUGGAUUCAAGAAAGGGGAUUCAAUUGCGAUUGACAUGCAGAUGAACGUACAGGCAGUCACUGCAUACCUAGCCAUUAUCCUUGCAGGUUGUGUCGUUGUCUCCAUUCCUGACAGCUUUGUUGCCAAAGAGAUAGCUAUUCGCAUACGAAUCUCGAAAGCCAAGGCUAUCUUCACCCAGGACGUAAUCCAAAGAGGAGGCAAGAAGCUCCCUCUGUAUAGUCGUGUGAUCGAGAGCAAAGCUCCCCUUGCGAUCGUUCUUCCCGCUGACGGCAAAGCAUCCAGCCUAAGUCUCAGGAACGGAGAUUUAUCAUGGGAUGAAUUUUUGGUACGAGCAGAGCAUUUGAGCAGGCCGGAUGAGUACAAACCUGUGAUACAGUCUAUGGAUUCUUACACCAACAUACUUUUCUCGUCGGGCACUACAGGUGAGCCGAAGGCAAUACCGUGGACUCAACACACACCCCUCCGAUGCGCAGCAGAUUCUUGGGCACACCUCGAUUCAAGACAAGGAGAUGUGCUCUGCUGGCCGACGAACCUGGGCUGGAUGGUAGGACCAAUGAUCGUGUACUCUGCCUUCGUGAAUGGUGCAACCUUAGCUCUGUAUAACGGCUCACCUCUGGAUCGAGGUUUUGGAAAGUUCGUGCAGGAUGCUAAGGUAACUAUGCUAGGAACGGUCCCCAGCCUGGUGAGGGCUUGGAAAGCGUCCGGUUGCAUGGCCAAUCUCGACUGGACUGCCAUCCGGGCUUUCGGAUCAAGUGGAGAAACAUCGAGUGUCGAUGAUGACCUAUGGUUGAGUGCUCAGGCAGGAUAUAAGCCAGUACUGGAAUGUUGUGGAGGCACAGAGUUGGGAGCAAUGUACGUGGGCGGCAAUCUGGUGCAGCCUCAGGCAUUUGCCGCAUUCAGCACCGUUGGAAUGACCUUUCGGAUUUACAUUCUCGACGACUCCAACAAUCCAUAUCCAGAUGAGGCAGCCUGCACAGGUGAAUUAGUUCUCCAUCCGCACAAUUUUGGAUCAUCGAGCACUCUUCUCAACGCUGAUCACCAUAAAGUCUACUACCAAGGGAUGCCCCACUUCAAUGGGAAGCAAUUGAGACGUCAUGGAGAUAUUUUCCAAAGAUUUCAUGGAGGGUUCUACAAAGCCCAUGGACGGUCCGACGAUACAAUGAACCUCGGCGGCAUCAAGGCGAGUGCUAUUGAAAUUGAACAAGUUUGCAACAAGGCUCACGAAUCCGUCCAAGAAACCGCUGCCAUUUCCGUUCAGCCACCCAGGGGUGGUCCAGAGGAGUUGGUGAUUGCAGCUGUGCUCAAACCAGGUUACAACAUAAGCAGCAAGGAGCUUCAGAAAAUAUUCCUCUCGCAUGUCAUGUCCAAUUUGAACCCCUUGUUCAAGGUAAGAGCAGUGGCCGUGUUCCCAGAUUUUCCACGAACAGCAUCGAACAAAUUACUAAGACGCGUUCUGCGGAUCGAAUGUGCGAAACUCUUGUACUCUGCACCCCAAUCACGACUGUAAAACUCUACCCGUAUUAAUACCACCGGACUUCUCGAACAAUGUAUUAUUUAACAUUAUUUAAAUGAACAAUGAUAGGUGUAGCAGCUUCAAACAGGUUCCUGACAGCACCCUCUCCUGGGGAUCGGCAUGUAAUUCUAAUUAUCAGCUUAAUAGGACUGCUUAUGAAACACUUGGAAAAUCGCCGUAGUCAAAAAAGCGAUAUCAUCUCUUAGCAAAAAAAUAGCCGCGCCUUCUGUUUAAAUUAUGCAUCAGAAUUUGAAAGUGGGUCAGGUAGGGAAACGUAAGAUACUCUGUCGGGUACGACACUGAGCUAAGGAUAUUGUCGAGGUCAGUGCCCAUCAAUUAAGCAAAGUACAGCAUCUGUGUGCGUCUGGGAGAGACUACACAAUCUACUACACUAAUCGACCUGCUUAUCCUGUUCAUUGUCAUUACGAUUUUCACAAUA